CUGGUGCUUCUCCGUUUUCUAGCUCGUUCUUUCGUUUUGUGAUAGAAAGAGUUCUAUUUUCCGCGCGAUCGCGAUUCAUAAUAAUCUAGUCGAUCAAGAACGAGACGUGAUUCACGAUAAUUCCAUCGCGAUAACGCGAAACAACGAAUUAAAAUACAUCUGCGUUUCGCACGAGACACGUCUACAGAUGAAAACGCACGAGAUGCCCCCCAGACCAGUGGACUCGCUCGAUUCGCACUCUAUCGACGCGAUUCAACGUGAUAACUUAUGCAGAUUAUUACCGACGAUCUCGUAAUCGAGGCAACCACGCGACUACAAACGACAUUAUCGUCGCGUGCCCACAAUAUUUUUUCGAAAAAUCGGUCGAUCGGUUUUGUUCAAUGUCAGUAAAUCAAUUUAAUGAAAAUCACAGUGUAUAAGCAGUGGAAGAAUUUCUUAAUCGAUUACGGAAAAAAUUACGGUGCGUGUUCAAGUGAUCGUGCAAGUCAUUGCAAGAAAUAGGUUAAUAGUGUGCCGCGCGAGCGAACGCGCAUUUGAAGAUUGAACAAAACAGGUGGAUCGUUUCAUCGAAUGAAAAAUGAUCAUUUGAAUAGAGAAAGAUCGAUAAAAGAUAAUUUGGCAAUGAUGAUGGAUAAGACUCAUCAAAAAUUUCGUGCCGCGUAUUAUCGUGAGGCAUUACAUAACCGCUACACAACGAUGAAAAAUUAUUUCGGGCAGUAUAUCGGCAAAGGGUCGAUAAAAAUGAGAGCCACGAAUGCGGUUUCUUAAAUAGCGCAAUAGUUGAAUCUCUCUGUGCCUGACAAUAAAUCAAUGGUUUGCUGGGUAUGCAAUUAGAUUAAUUAAAUUGUGGAUAUAUAUAUAGUAUUUUCAAUUUGUUUCGUAGCUGAAAUAAAUAAAUGAAUAUAUAUGCUACUAACACGAUAAAAGUAACUAGGUGAAAUAUAGUAUAAAAUUUAAAUUACGUUACGAUUAAUACGAAGUUAAAUAACGAAGUUAAUUGAGAUCGAUGUAAAACGAUACAUUGUUUUGUUAAAUAAGUGAGAUCGAAGUAGUAGAAUAUAUUUUCUAUCAGUGACAGUAUUCAUUUUAAAGUGAUAUAUCGUGAAACAUUGAUUUGCUCAACUACUUUUACACGAGGCAAUUAGUAAGAAGUUUCUUGUGGAACACCGAUAAUCAUAGGGACAAAAACUGCGAGCGGCAGGAGGAGGCGAAGCCUCCCGCCGCAAAAACAAUGUCAUUUCGAAGAUACAUAUUGUACAAAUGGUUCAUAGAACUCGAUCUGGAUUACUUGGAAAGGAGAGGAGGCGAGACAAUAACUUGUGAAAACGCCGAAAGCGGAUCGAAAGAGGAGGAAAGCCCCGCAGACACUCUGGAUCGUGUCAAAGUUGUGUUUCUCGGUGCACCCAGGGUGGGAAAGUCCAGCAUAAUUAGGCAAUUCGUGUGGAGCGAAUUCAGCGAGGAAUACAAGCCAACCGAACGUAGAGAGACUUUCUAUCCGAGCGUGGUACUUGCCGAUCGAUUGUAUGAACUAAAAAUCACGGAUCUACCAAUGAUCCCGUAUUUUCCGGUCAGCUCGCACCUCGAAUGGACGGACUUUCGUUAUUACGGAUUACGAAGUGCGAACGCUUACGUUCUCGUAUUCGAUCUGAGCAAUCAGGACACGUUUCAGCACAUUAGAAUGUUACGAGAUCAAAUCUACGAAGCACGAGACAUGAGGGGCGUACCGUUAUUGGUAGUUGGGAACAAACAAGACGAAUUGUCGCCUGCGGCUGCUUCCGGAACUCGCUACAGGGACAUCGUUAAUCUCGUUCGAAAGCACUGGCGAUGUGGCUACGUGGAAUGUAGCGCCAGAUUUAACUGCCGUGUUGUGCAAGUAUUUCGUGAAUUAAUGAAGAGUAUUCAAGCUGUGGAAGGACGACCACCUUCCCCCACGCCUGCACCUUCGCAACCCCUACGAUCUCACUCGCAUGACACCAGCGAAAAAUGUAUUCUUCUCUGACAUUGAAGCCAGAAAAUCAACGUGCUCGACUUUUGCGACCACAUUAUCAAAAGAAGUUGCUUCUAUCCAUACCAUGAUACAGGGUCGUAGAUUUUUUGAGCCAGAAAUGGAAAAUGCGAAAGAUCAACUUCAUUGUGAACAAUUAUUUCCGAUGUCAUCUAACGGAAUUGUAAUAUGAAAUAAGAAUAUAUGAAUUUCUUCGGUUCAUUAAUCGAUAAUGCAGUAACUGAUAAUGAAUGCAGUAUUGUAAUUAGUCAAAACAUUGAAAUUUUUCAACGAAAACAUGAACAGUUUUUUAUGAAAAAAUUCUAAACGUUUUUAUCAUUUUUAUAAAUUUAAUAACUAUAUAAUAAGUACAAAUUGAAACAAGCAAUCAAAAGUUAUUUUAGUAAGAUGAUUUUAUUAUUUUUCAAUUAAUUUUAACUUUAUAUUCUUCGUUAUAAUUAAUUGAUUAUAUUUUGCAAAAGAUCUCUCAAAAUUCAUGAAUCAGUAUUAUGAAAAUAAGAACCUUUAUCAGUAUUAUGAAAAUAAGAAUCUAGUUAUGGAAAAAAUAUUGAAUAUACAUAUUUCGCAAAUCGAAGAAGCUUCAGAUCUUGUCUGUGAAUAUUAUCACAAAACUGCUCAUUGUGUAAUUUUAACACUGAAAAAUAAUGCAAUCAUGUUAUACAACUGCUCUUUUGAGAAUGAUGAAAAUAUUGCAAAUACGUAUGUAUAUACGUAAUCGACUGCCGAAUCUCUCUAUGUGUAAUUUAAUUUCGACAAUUUAUUUUAUAAUUCACUUUGUAAAUAUAUCGUGCAAUU